UAUAAUCCUUGAACAACUUCCUGCAACUUUUUUGGGGAAUUUCGAAAAAGCAGCCUGCAUGUUUUCAAGUUUUUAUUACACAUGACAACGCACCAACAUCAUAAAAAAGAUGAAGAUCGCAGUAGAAGGUUGUUGCCAUGGAGAAUUAGAUAAGAUUUAUGAAACAAUAGAAUUACUUGAACAGAAGAACAAUAUAAAGGUUGAUUUGCUGAUCAUCUGCGGAGAUUUCCAAGCUGUUAGAAAUAAAAGUGAUAUGCAAUGUAUGGCUGUACCAGCAAAAUAUCAGGAAAUGAAAACAUUCCACAAGUAUUAUUCUGGAGAAAAGAAAGCCCCUAUUUUAACCAUAUUUGUAGGUGGAAACCAUGAAGCAUCAAAUUACUUACAGGAGUUACCAUAUGGUGGAUGGGUGGCUCCCAAUAUUUAUUAUAUGGGAUAUGCAGGUGUUAUCCAAGUAGGAGGAGUUAGAAUAGCUGGUUGCUCUGGUAUUUAUAAAGGCCAUAAUGCCCAAAAAGGUCAUUAUGAACAUCCACCAUACACUGAGGACACCAAGAGAUCAGCUUACCAUGUAAGAGCUUUAGAAGUAUUUAGACUGAAGCAGUUAACAAGACCUAUCAAGAUAUUUGUAUCCCAUGAUUGGCCUAGAAACAUUUGGAAGUAUGGUGAUGUCCAUGAGCUGUUAAAUAGGAAACCAGAUUUUCAGAAGGAUAUAGAUGAUGGAAGACUAGGGAAUCCAUUCCAUGAGGAACUGUUGUACCACUUAAAACCAGAGUACUGGUUUGCUGCCCAUCUUCACAUCAAGUUUCCAGCAGCAGUCCAACAUGAGUCCUCUAAUGGUCAGUCAAAGGUCACAAAGUUCCUAUCUCUGGACAAGUGUCUGCCAAGACGCAAAUUUUUACAGGUACUUGAUAUACCACAUGACAGUGAUAAACCAAUCAAUAUAGAACUAGAUGCUGAGUGGUUGGCAAUUCUAAAAUCUACAAAUCAUCUUCUCAAUUUGAAAAGAGCUGAUAAAUAUUUACCUGGGCCAGGUGGCAGAGAAAGGUGGAAUUUCAAUGUAACAAAAGAGGAGAUGAAUAGAAUCAUUGAAGAUUUUGGGGGUUCAUUAUCUAUACCAGAUAACUUUGAAAAAAGUGUAGAUGUAUACAAUCCAUCAGAUAGAAAUCCACCCGCUCCACAAACUAUGACUAAUCCACAAACCACAUUACUGUGUACAAUGUUAGAUCUAACUGAUCCCAAUGCUGUUUUCCUCUGUAAAGAUUCUAAGUACGACAUUAGUAUAGAUGGUAAUGAAGAUGAUAAUGUCGGCAGUGAUAAUGAUGAAGAUGAUGAUGUCGAUGAUGAUACAGAAUAUGAAAGUUUUGUCGCUGAUAGUGAUCAGAGUUUAAGUUUUUUAUCCUCAAGUAAUGCAGAUGAUAGCAUCAUGUCCUUGGGUGUAUCUGUAAAUGUCUCUGUAGAUGAAAAAGACAACCCUAAAAGUCAAAACGACUCUGAAGAAGACAGCGAUGAAGAAUUCAAAGCUAUUAUGCAAAAGCAAAAACUUGAACAAUCUAUUGAUAAAUCUACCUCACCAUCAAAAAGUUCUGCAAGUCAGUCCGAUCUAGAAGAUACAGAUUCAGAAUUUCAAGAAAUUACUGCUGAACAAAAAGCUAAAAGACAAUUACAGCUUACCAGUGAUAGAGGACAUGUUGAAUUAGCUUUACCCGGAAGUGAUGAUGAAGAACUUGCAAGUCUGAUUGCUGAGCAGAAAAAGUUUCAAACAGUUCCAGACAUUUCAGUUGAAGAUACACCGUCAUUAACUUCUCAAGAUACAAUACCAUUGUCACAAUCUAGUCCUGCAAGUAGUGGAGAGAGAAGUGAUUCUGAGGUUGUAAUAGCUACCAGUGGACUUGUAUUAGGUGAAGAUAAGGAAGGGAGAAAGAGAAGUGAUGGGUCUGAGAGUGAAGAGAGUCCACAGUCAAAAAAAUUAAGAGUAAAGAGGAGAAAUCAAAGUCUGUAUGAAUCUGGUAGUGAGAUGGAGUAAUUAGGAUAAUGUUUUUCAUUUAUUUUCAUCUAUACCAAUUUUUCGUGGAUUGAAGAAAAUUGGUAUUUUUGGGAUAUUUGAUUUCAUUGUUUUGUCAAAGUGCAAUCAAGACUAUAGAAAAUGUGUUCUUUGUUAAAUAUAUAAAUUUAUGAUUUCCCUCUACCUACAAAAGCCACGAAAAUUGGUAUCCCACGAAUGAUAGGGAAUCCACAGUAACUAUUCCUCCAGUACAAAUAUUAUAAACUAUGUCACUAUGGAGAUGAAUAAAAAACAGAUGUAUUCUUA